AUGUUAAAAGGUGACACUAUGUUAAAAGGUGACACUAUGUUAAAAGGUGACACUAUGUUAAAAGGUGAUACUAUGUUAAAAGGUGACACUAUGUUAAAAGGUGACACUAUGUUAAAAGGUGACACUAUGUUAAAAGGAGCGGUGUGUGCUGAGCUGGGGGUGCGUAUGCCUCGAGGGGGAGGCGUCUUCACCCACGUGUAUGCCACCCUGGGGGAGCUGCCCGCCGUCCUUGUCGCCUCCACCCUUCUCCUCGACCUCAUUCUCAUCCCCGCCAUCGCGGCACGAGGAAGCAGCGAGUACGUAGGAGGGGCCACGGACCAAUGGAUGAGUGACGUGGUCCAGACGAGGCUACCAAUCCUACAUGAGUGCCGCUACUUGGCCCCUCAUCCUGACCUGUUGGCAGCGGCACUCCUCAUCUUUUCUACUCUCAUGGUCGUUGCUGGCACUAAGCUGGUGUGUCAGGUAGGCGCGGCGGGUGUGGGCGUGUCGCUGCUGGUGCUGAUAGCCGUGGCCUUCACCGCCCUCCUCCACGCUGACGCCCAACACUGGACACACUCGCCAGGCUUCUUCCCCUACGGCCUACACGGGGUUGUGGGCGGGGCGGCCGUGCUGAGUGUUAGUGUGGGCGGCGCCCACCACGCCGGGCUGUUGGCAGGAGAGUGUAACCGUUAUUCCCGUGUUGUGACGUGUGUGGGCGUGGGCGUGGGUGUGACGGCCCUGCUGGUGCUGUUCCCGUGUGCCGUGGGUGCCACUCUGGCUUCCUCCUCCCUCCCCUCUACGGCGCCCCUCACUCACCUCUUCCCCGGCUUGUCAUUGGUUGGCAUGCGCGCCCUGGUGGGCGUGGGGGCUGUGGUGGGGCUGUGGGCGGGGAUCAUCGGGGGGCUGCUGGCAGGGUCACGCCUCACGCACCGUCUGGCGUGUGAUGGUCUGGCGCCCCGCUGCCUGAGUCGUGUGUCCAACCACACCGGCACGCCCUGGGUGGCUGCCCUCCUCUGCGGCGCCGCAGCUUCUUUCACUGCCGCAGUCUCAUCAUCUUGGCUCUUGCUACGGGCUGCGGGUGCGGGGAGCGUGAGUGCGGGCGUGGUGGGGGCGGCGGCGGUGCUCGCCCGCAGGUACCGCCCCGAGAACUCUCGCCACCCACUAGAGGUGACGCAGUGUGAGACGCCGCCCGCCCUCUCCCACAGCGCCAGUAGUCUGGCAGACUUGACGGAACUCGCGCCCGCCGCCCACCACGACUACCUCAGCAAUUUUGACGAUGCUGAACCUCGCCAGGUGACUGUGGAAUGGGCGGCCGGCACCUGGGUCUCUGCCAUCUUUGAGCCGCCCAUGCCACCCACCUGGGCGUCCUGGAGGACGGCAAGGUUCCUGAUGGGGACCUAUAUAGUAAACUGUGUGGCAGGUGUGGGCGUGGUGAGGGGUGCCAAGGAGCUGGACAUAGGCAUGUGGGCGUGGGCGGGCGUGGCACUGUGCGUAUGUGGGUGUCUAGUGUGCGGGGUGGGACUGUGGUUACAGCCCCGCCACCCACCGCCCUCCCCCACCCAGCAGGACGCCGCCCCACUCCUGCCUCUGCUAGCCAUCCUCGCCAACAUCUUGCUGCUGCUACACUUGCCGCUCACCGCCCUCGCAGCCGCGUGUGCGGUUUGGGCGGUGGCGGGGGCGGCCUGGCUUCUACGAGGCCGCAACCGCAGCAUGGAGGCCGUCCUCAGCCGUGCCCUCCUUACCCACCCCGGCCACCAGUCCCCAGCUGACCUCCUGUAG